GAAGAAGAAGGAAGUCAUGAACGACCAACGAGUAGGCUACACUAGUCUUUCCUGAGACAGAUAUUUCAAAGACAUUUUGUUGUAGCGGAGGAUAGAAGUGUACUUCUAAAGGUAUUCGUUAUCGCAGACCAACACAUUGUGCUUGUGAAAAUCCCUUCGUGUAGGACACAAAACAGUGACUGGAGAAACCUGCUAACCUGACGGUUAAUCAAAAUGGCCCAGGGGAUACCAGACGAGGUGAUGAUGAAUGCUACCCUGAUAAAAGACUUGGGGGAUGUGGCAAAAGAUGCAGCGCUUCUGCAUGGGGUCCUAAUGAGGAUCCAAGAGACCCCCAAUUCAUCAGAGUUGGUGACCUAUGCUCCAUUCACACUCUUCCCCACACCUGUGCCUAAGGCUGUGUUCCUCCAGGCUCUUUCAGUGCAAACUCUCUACAACACACUGGUAGACAAGAUCAGCCAGGAUCCAGACUUCCUGCAAGAGGCUCUAGCCAGCACCAUUGCAGUGGAUGAUUUCACUGCAAGGUUGUUCAGGAUCCACCAACAAAUCCUAAAAGAAGGAAGGUCUCAGCCUAUUGUGUUGGGUCUCAAUCGGUCCGACUACAUGCUGGACCAGAGAGAGGAUGGGUCUUUAUCGCUGAAGCAGAUAGAGAUCAAUACCUUUGCUGCCAGUUUUGGAGGUCUCUCAUCACGCAUGCCAGAUGUACACCGGCACAUCCUUACGGUGGCAGGCCUACAGGAGCAAAGCAAGCACAUCCUAGCCAACAACCCUGCAGCUGGUCUGGCCAUUGCAAUUGCCAAAUCCUGGGAGCUCUAUGGAUCAGAGAGAGCAGUCGUCAUGUUCUUGGUGGAAGAGAGCCAAAGGAACAUCUUUGAUCAACGAUACAUUGAGAACGAACUGCUGAAGAGAAACAUUCCCACAAUACGAAAGCGGUUUGACAAUGUUUGUAAAACAGGGUACCUUGAUCAGGACAAGAGGCUAUUUGUUGAUGGCCAAGAGGUUGCAGUGGUGUACUUCAGGAAUGGAUACAUGCCUCAGAACUACAUUUCUGAACAGACUUGGGAUGCUCGUCUUCUGAUGGAGCGCUCUCUGGCUGUGAAAUGUCCAGAUAUCAGCACUCACUUGGCUGGAACCAAGAAGGUCCAGCAGAUUCUUGCCAGACCUGGAGUUCUAGAGAAGUUCUUCCCCAACCAACCCCAAGUAGUGGAGCAGAUCAGAGCAACUUUCGCUGGCCUGUACACUCUAGACAUGGGACCAGAGGGUGACAAAACAGUUGAUAUGGCCUUGGCAGCACCGGAUCGCUUUGUCCUGAAGCCACAGCGAGAGGGAGGAGGUAACAACAUCUAUGGAUCAGAGAUCUCUCAGGUUCUGGAGGAAGUGAAGGAGAGUACAGAGAGGAUGGCCUAUAUUCUGAUGGAUAAAAUCCAUCCUACCCCUUUACAGAACUACCUGCUUAGGCGAGACUCCCCUCUAAAAAUCAGCAACUGUCUCAGUGAACUGGGAGUGUUUGGAGCAUAUGUCAGGCAAGGUAAAGACAUGGUGAUGAACGAGUGUGUGGGUCAUCUGCUGAGGACCAAGAGUUCAGAACACUCAGACGGAGGCGUAGCAGCGGGAGUGGCAGUGCUGGACAAUCCUCUCCUCAUCUAAGUUACACUACUACCUUCUCAGCUUUCAAAUAAAAACAAAAUCACAAAUAGACAACAGUAGAAUCAAGUUUUCACUUUUGAGUCAUGCUGUUACUUUGGCUGCUAGAGCAUGAUAAUGAUGCAGAGCAAAUGUGUGUCCCACAUUUACUGGAGACAGGUUGGACAGAAAUACUACCAGUGUAGGCUGAGGAGAUGCUCACAUCCCUGGAAGCUUCCAUUUUUUCCUUUAUUACCAACAUUGAGCGUUUAGUGUUUCCCACAAAAUGACAUUCUACCUGGGUGGCGGUGGCGGUGGCUGGGGCUGUAAUGGGUGGUGUUGUGGUUAGCAGGGUACAUUUCUAUUUCAAGUAGCUAUUUAUUUAUUUCAAGUGUUUAUUAACUAGCUUACUUGAAUUUGAAAGCUACCUUUCCCUUCAGUUAUCUUUUCCGCACACAUCUGCUACAAACACAGCGGCUUCCCUCACCUCUUUCUGUGUCUCUUUCCCUGGUAACACUUUACAGUAAGGGUACAUGAAUUAUCAUGAAUUAUGCAUUACUUUAUGCAUUAAUCUCAUGAAUCAUCAGGAAAUGGCAGUUCCGUCUUUCAUUUGUGACUUCAUGGAUGAACAACAUAGGAAUUAAAACAUCAUCAUGAAUCAUGA